GACUCUCUGGGCCAAAUCGGCAGCUUUGGGAUCACAACCGCCAACCUCUGAGACCUUGGACGGUGGGCUUGCCCGCCUGGCCUGCGCGGCUGCGGCUUCCUGAGAGAAAGCUCCAGAUGGAGUUUCGGGGGUCUCUGGCUGCGCGUUUUGGGGCCUAACCAGGGCAGACAGGGAAGCUGGAUUCCUGAAAGUCGUGCCUUGAUGCUGGUCCCUCCAGACUCCCGGACGGCGGCCAAUGGCCGGAGUAUGUGGAGGACCUCCCGGUAGCUGAGCUAGGAGCCCCCUGGAAGGCAUUACGGGGAGUGCCCUGACUUUUGCCUUAUGGUCUCUUUUUCUCCAACCACUCUCCUAGUCUCUUCCACGGUUCUUGGAUUUCUGAACGAUGCAUCUGCCACUCUUCCUAGCAGUCCUCUGCUCUGGCAUGAUCUCAGCUGCUCCAACACCUGAUCACAGUUUGGAUACACGAUGGCGCCAGUGGCUGGCAGCACACAAAAGACGAUAUGGCGUGAGAGAAGAAGAAUGGAGGAGAGCCGUGUGGGAGAAGAACAUGCAAAUGAUUGAAAAGCACAACAGGGAGUACAGCCAAGGGAAACAUGGCUUCACCAUGGCGAUGAACGCCUACGGCGACAUGACCAAUGAAGAAUUCAGGCUGAUGAUGAACGGCUUUGAAAACCAGAAUCACAAAAGGGGGGAAGAAUUCCAUAAUUCCCUCCUAUUUAAGAUCCCUGCGUUUUUGGAUUGGAGAGAGAGAGGCUAUGUGACUCCCGUGAAGAAUCAGGAAUUGUGUGGUUCUUCAUGGGCUUUCAGUGCCACUGGAGCCCUCGAAGGGCAGAUGUUCCGGAAGACUGGCCGGCUCGUGUCCCUGAGCGAGCAGAACCUCGUGGACUGCUCCUGGCCUCAGGGCAACCAGGGCUGUAGUGGUGGCCUCAUGGACUACGCCUUCCAGUACGUUAAGGACAACAGAGGCUUGGACUCGGAAGAAUCCUAUCCGUAUGAACAAAGGAAAGGAUCCUGUAAAUACAAUCCCAGGUUUUCUGCGGCCAAUGUCACUGGCUUUGUGGACGUCUCUAAGGACGAGAAGGCCCUGAUGGAGGCAGUGGCAACGGUCGGACCUGUCUCCGUGGGUAUUGCUACGACACCUGAGUCCUUCCUGUUCUAUGAAGGAGGCAUUUAUUAUGAUCCAAAAUGCAGCAGCGAAAAUGUCAAUCACGCUGUUCUGGUGGUUGGCUAUGGCUUUGAAGAAGUAGGAUCAAAAAACAAUAAAUACUGGCUGAUCAAGAACAGCUGGGGUAAAGACUGGGGCAUGGGGGGCUACAUGAAGAUGGCCAAAGACCAGAACAACCACUGCGGAAUCGCCACGGCAGCCAGCUACCCACUGUGUGAGUCGAUGGACGGCGCUGAGGAAGGAUUGGACUGAGGCCAGCGGAGCCACAGCACACCGGCCCUGGCCGCACCGACACAGCACUUGGAACACUGACGAUCCCAGCUGUGGUGCGCAUUCUGUGACAAUUUUACUCUAGCGAAAUCCUUCUGCUACUUAAUGACUGCUGGAAUCAGCUGUGUAUUAUUGACCCACCUAAUGACUUUUGAAUUUUGAUUUGAGACGAUGUGUAGUUUUACCUUUUUCAAUAAAAUUAAUUUCAAAUGUA